AUGAGGUUGCCGGACGGCGAUUCCGGCAGCAGCGCCAUGGAGACGGUCGAGGGCCAGGCACCGGCUGCGGCCCCGGUCCCAAUUCCGACUCCGACUCCGACUCCGGCCCCGGCUCGGGAUUGGAAACAGACGUUAAAGAAUCGGUUGAGAACUGUGGCUUCCCAGAAACCCAAAAAGACAGAUGAAGAACUAAAGGAUAAUGAGAUGGAACUAUUUACUAAAUAUUACGUGGAAUGGAGAGGAGACAGGAAAAUGGCCAAUUUAUCUUACCGAAGCAUCCCAAGAUUUUAUUAUAGGCUUCCAGCAGAAGACGAAAUUUUGUUGCAGAAAUUAAGAGAAGAAUCCAGAGCAGUAUUUCUUCAAAGAAAGAGUAGAGAAUUGUUAGAUAAUGAAGAGUUACAGAAUCUGUGGUUUCACCUAGACAAACAUCAAACCCCUCCUUUGCUAGGAGAGGAAGCAAUGAUAAAUUAUGAAAAUUUUCUGCAGGUCAAAGAAAAGGCAGGCCAGAAAUGCAAACAGUUCUUCGCAGCUAAGAUAUUUGCAAAACUUUUGCACAAUGAUCCAUAUGGGAGGAUUUCCAUUAUGCAGUUCUUCAAUUAUGUCAUGCGAAAAGUUUGGCUACAUCAGACAAGAAUAGGACUCAGUUUGUAUGAUGUAGCAGGUCAAGGAUAUCUUCGUGAAUCUGACUUGGAAAAUUACAUUUUGGAGCUCAUUCCAACUUUACCACAGCUUGAUGGCUUAGAGAAGUCCUUCUAUUCAUUUUAUGUGUGCACAGCUGUUAGAAAAUUUUUCUUUUUCCUUGAUCCACUCAGAACAGGCAAGAUAAAAAUCCAAGAUAUUUUGGCCUGCAGCUUUCUGGAUGAUUUGUUGGAGCUCAGAGAUGAGGAACUGUCCAAAGAAAGUCAAGAAUCAAACUGGUUUUCUGCUCCCUCUGCAUUGAGAGUAUAUGGACAAUACUUAAAUCUAGAUAAAGAUCACAAUGGAAUGCUCAGCAAAGAAGAAUUGUCACGUUAUGGUACUGGAACUCUUACAGGAGUGUUUUUGGAUCGAGUCUUUCAGGAGUGUCUAACAUAUGAUGGAGAAAUGGAUUACAAGACUUACCUAGACUUUGUUCUUGCUUUGGAGAAUCGAAAGGAACCUGCUGCACUCCAGUAUAUCUUUAAGUUAUUAGAUAUGGAAAAUAAAGGAUACCUAAAUGUUUUUUCCCUCAAUUUUUUUUUCAGAGCUAUCCAGGAGCAAAUGAAGCUUCACGGGCAGGAACCAGUUUCUUUUCAGGAUGUUAAGGAUGAAAUCUUUGACAUGGUUAAGCCUAAAGAUCCAUAUAAAAUCACCCUUCAAGAUUUAAUAAGCAGUGGGCAAGGUGACACUGUCAGCAGCAUUCUGAUUGAUCUAAAUGGAUUUUGGACUUAUGAAAACCGAGAAGUUCUUGUUGCAAGUGACAACGAUGGUGGUGCUGAUCUGGAAGAUCCAUGAUUUU